UCAGAUUCAUUCAUUGACAGCCGAGUCGUUCAUAAGCUUACCCGACAUCCAGCGCGCGGCGACUGGUUGUAAUUGACCCACGAGCUGUGGAGAGUGUGCGGUGAGAUGUGUGUGUGUAUGAACUGGCGAGGAUACGGUAGAGAGACAACCCUGAUUUGAGCGUCUGUGAUUCUAUGUAAUUUAACAUAGUCUCUUCUCACUGGCUUAAGACGCAACUCACCUGGACUGUAGGAUCAAGCUGCGUUAUGUUACUGCAUCGUUGACUGCAAUCGGCUGCGACUAGACGACCGCGACUGCGAAUACACAAGUCUUAUAGUACAGAUAGUGUGGAUGCCUUAGAAUGCUUAUCAAGCGUCCGGAAUAUACCUUAACUUUGUAAAUAUAGCAUUUACAAGUUUACCCCAAGGAGUCUUUGUGUAGAAUCGCUUAUGUGAGUAUUUGGAUAAUCAUCAAAUUCUGAACAUGGCCACCUGUCCUUUCAAAGAGGGAUUAGAACGCGACAGGGCUAAGCUCUUACAACGCUCUCACAGUGGACAAAAAAUUGAAGAUGGACAACCUGAGCGACGGACUAGUAACCAGACUAGUUCCUCGGACGAGUCCCCGAGAUCCAGGAAAAUAAGUAACAUCUCUACUGCUUCCUCUGGAGGGUCGGACGAAACAGCGGACGGGUCAGUGGACCGGAUAAUCAGCUUAACUGGACUUAUUGAGGGCGUUGGAACGCUCGUCAUCCCAGCGAAUGGCUUUGUGUUUACGGCACUUCGGAAUUUGCUUACAAACAGCAAGAAGCCAGGUGUUAUGGAACACCUCAGGUCCCAAGAUUUCUUCCCUACCGAUUUUGAUCUUCAGUGCACUGACCUGACAUUACGUCAUAGUCAGGUCGAUGACAACCUGGUUGUGCGCAUGGCGGAAGUAUGUUGUGAAUAUCUGGGGCUGGAAGUUAACCGUUUUAUGGCUGGUUUAGGCAUGGAAUACUUCAUGCUGUGUGUUGAAGAAUACGGCAAGGAAUUACACAUGGUUGGAAGCAGUAUGUUUGAGUUUUUCAGCAAUGUCGAUGGACUGAAUGAACCUAUCCGAAAAACACCUAAGUUUCACGGUGACACGCCUGCCUCGUUUCGAUGUGAGUAUGACCACAACACGUUGUUAAUUCACUACUACUCUAGCCGACGUAAGUUGCUGCACAUGAUGCUGGGGACAAUUGCUGCCGUAGCCAAGGUUCGGUUCUCGCUGGAGGUGGAAAUAAAAGUGUCUCCCCAUCGUUUGCCAGAAUCUCCUCAUCAGAUCUUCAUCAUCAACACCAUCACCAACAACAACGACAGUAACAUUACACUAGGUGCUAUCCAAGACACGGUCUCCACCAAUCCGUCCGACUCUCAGAUAGGCGUGGUCACCUUCUGCCACACUUUCCCCUUCCACGUGGUCUUUGACCGUCAACUGCAGAUCACCCAGAUUGGCAGCGCCUUCAUGAAGACAAUAGCGCCCGAGAUGGACAAAGGAUUAGAACUAUCAACGUAUUUUGAAAUCCUCAGACCGGAAGUCAAGAUGAAUUUUUCUGCGCUCCUAUCACGUAUAAACUUCAGCUUCCUGCUUUUGACAAAAACCGCCAAGAGCAUGGAGGUAAAAGGACAGAUGAUCUAUCUGCCAGAAUCAGACGCCAUCAUGUUCAUUGGAUCCCCCAGCGUCGAGAAACUGGAUGAGCUCAUAGGCAAGGGCAUCUACAUCUCCGACAUUCCCAUCCACGACGCUACAAGAGACGUCAUCCUUGUUGGCGAGCAGACCAAGGCUCAGGAUGGUCUCAAAAGGCGUAUGGAGACACUGCAGAAAAGUAUUUUGGAGGCGAGCAAGGCCGUGGAUACGGAGAAGCAGAAGAACGUCAGUCUGUUACAGGACAUUUUUCCACCAGAGAUUGCCCAGAAACUGUGGCGAGGUGAAAGUGUGGAACCGAUGAAGAUUGAUGACGUCACCAUGUUGUUCAGCGAUCUUGUUGGGUUCACCGCAAUCUGCUCCACGGCCACGCCCAUGCAGGUCGUCAACAUGCUCAACUCCCUCUACACCCAUUUCGACAACUACUGCGGCUUGCUCGACGUGUACAAGAUUGAAACAAUCGGAGACGCCUACUGUGUGGCAGGGGGGCUGCACCGGGCCAGCAAGUACCACGCCCUGCAGAUCGCUUGGAUGGCGAUAAAGAUGAUGAAGGCAGCUGCAUCCCAGAAAGCGCAUGAUGGUGGGGCUAUCAAGAUGCGGAUCGGUAUCCAUACAGGAUCGGUGUUGGCUGGGGUUGUCGGCACCAAGAUGCCUAGAUAUUGUCUGUUUGGAAAUAACGUCACCAUCACCAACAAGUUUGAAUCCGGCAGCGUUGCCCUGAAGAUUAACGUCAGCCCGAUCAGUUACAACUUACUGCGGGAUACCCCAGGGUUCAACUUCACACCGCGCACGCGCGAAGACCUUCCACCUGGAUUUCCGGAAAACGUUGAAGGCGUACCGCUAUUUCUGGAGAGCUACACACAUCCGGGCGUUCCAGAGUCGGAAAUCGAGACAACUGACCACAUCGCUCUAGCCCUUGAACAUAUCGACCUGUCGGCCGAGAGAUGAUCAUUACAUGUAUUUAUCAGGAUUAUUUAAUUUUAAUUAUCAGAGCGAAUUGUGAUACAUUUGCAGCAGACUAUAUGCAUCAUUUUAGAGGUGUAUAAGUCCGCUAGAGAGAAAAUAGUCCCCCUGUUCAUCUCAUCAGAACAUAUGUAAAGUGUGUCAAACGGGUUUGGUAGUUUCAAAUUGUCAGGCAAGUUUUGACAGAGAGUCGACAAGUGUUAGGAUAUAGUGACCAAAUCGCUUAACAUUUGGCACUGAAGUCUGUGAUAUCGAAUCCUUGAUGUUUAAUUUUAUUCGUCCCUAUUUAUUUCUUUGUAUUUAUACCAUUGAUUUAACUAUAUGUUUUCCUUACCAAAGAAUCCACAAACCUGAGCGUAGAUUGACAUAUGUUUUCACAAACUGGUAAAACCAGACUAUGUUUCAAGAGCAAAUGAUACAAGCCAAAAUACAAGGAAAAACUAAUUGGACAUAUGAUAAUGCCAAGAACUCUCAACGACAACUUGAUAUUUAAUACGCUGUAUUACUGUAUACGUGUUUUAAAGUGUUCAGCAAAUAGAACAUGACUGCAGAGGAAGAUUCAUGGCAUCACUGCUCGAAUGCCGUGCGAUAUAAUAGCACAUAAAUCAGUUGGUUGUUGCAUUUUAAUGAGAACGAGAACCGGGCUAAUUGGUAGCCCUAACACGUUUAAUUCAAAUCAUUUGGAGCCUACUGAUGCCUGUCAAAUUAAUUUUAUUUUAUUGAGUGUAUGUUAAUUUAAUUAGUUCACUAACUACACGGAGUCAGUGUAUCAAUCACAGACUGAUCACGUCUAGAUGUGGAUCUGCAGUGUACAUUGGGCAUUGUCUGAAAAAUUGUUGGUGACAUUAUUUUCGGAUUUUGUUAGUUAUUGUCGGAAACUAGAAACAGAGUAGAAAUUCUGUCACUGAUCUUGGAGAUUUGAUUUUCUGUUUUGACACUUGCCACAUUACAGAUAUGAAAAAAUCAGCUUUUGAAGUUAUUCGACUUUUAAUCGAUUUGUUCCGCAAACAGGGAUUCAUUUGCACAUCUUCAUGAAUCUUCAUCAGCUAGAUGUCAUGGCAACUGUUCAAAGACCACUGUUCAAUGGACAUUGCUCAUUCAGAUUUACAAAUAUUAACAACACAUCAUUCUGUAACACUGUCGUAAAUAGUCACGGUGAGGUAAAUAUGAAAUGGUUUAGUACACGUGUGUGUUUUAAACAGACAUAAAUAGUAAUUAUAAAUAGAAAUCGCAUUAUUUAUUGAAAUGUGAACAUAGGCUUAGAACGAGUUGUCUAUUUUGUGACUGAUCCAAUACUUAGUGGUACAUGCUUCCGUUUUGUACGUUUCAGUAACAUUUUAACUGUUGGUUUUUUAAAAUAAUUACUUAGCGUUUGAUAUAAUUACGUUGGCUAGAAGGAUAGUAACGCCACCGUUUUAAAUGCUCACCCUUAUGCAUCGUCAGACACUGGACCCUUGACUGAGGAAUUCCUAUGCUCCACUCGUCGAGAUUCCUUUUGAUGUUUUUAUUCGUCAGAUAUCCCUUAAAUUGAACGAAAAUGAAAUUUUUACGAGGACGUGGACUUUUUCAGCAACUCCCUCUUAAUCAAUAAAGAAUUUUCUGAUCAAAGCAACAAUUUUCGGUUUCCCUUUUUACUAGAAGAAAUAACGCCUCAUUUUUCAAAAUGUGAAUGUCAUUUGAGUAUUAGUUGUAUCUGCCACACCAGCAUGUAAGAGGGUUCCAUACAAUUCCUGGAAAACAGGAAUUUGUUCGGUUCUGGUACAUGUUCAGUGGUGUCCUUAUAACGAGCUCCGCAGACUCUUCUGUAAAAGCGCAUUGUAUUUGUUUAUGUCAAAAUUACAGGGAUGGUUUACCAGAAGUCGUGAUGCGAGUUGAGACCUUUGGACACCCAAGGAUACGCUAAACAUGAGUUGGAAUGCCGGAUUCGCACUGACUACGAUUUCUUGGUUUGUCAACACCAAACCGGAACUUAUGAAUGUUACCCAAAUGAAAACAUCUCUUCUCAUGUUAAGCUGCCGAAUCGUGAUAAAUAUAAAAUAAUGUUAGAAAAAACACCUUGAAUGAAUACAAUAUUUACAAGAUCUCAACAAAUAACUCAGUCUGCAUCGUGGCAGACACACCUAUGUCUCUGCUGGAAACACGAUCGAGAUUUCUUGUUCUACAUUUUUCUGUUAAGCAUCAACUUGUUUUGUUUUCUACCAUGUAAUGUGAAAAUAUAUUUAUGUUCACUUUAUGUUCACAGAUGCAACAAUAUGCGUAUUGUACUUGUAUAUGAUCUAAAAAUAUGAUUGUUUGUUUUGAAGUAUCACCAAUAUGCCAUGUGUCACACUGUAAGAUGUAUCUCUUUGAGAUUUUCGGUGAAAGAUGCCCUCAAAUUGUCAUUAGAUACUCCACCAUUAUCAAGAAUAACAUACACAGUGCACCGAUCAACCAGGCGUCAUGGAUGUCUGUGCCGAGCAUCAUCCAGAUCCUCACUACUCCAUCGCAAAUCUUGCACAGCUUCUCAUUCCUUUAUAUAGUCCGCAAAGAUUUUGACACCUUUAUGCCUGUCUGAACAAGUCUACCCAAAUCAUUUCUAUGUCCCUCCACUCGUUAAUGCACAUUGAUAUAUGUAUAAAUCAAUCACUCCAAACAGAUUUAAUCAUUUCAAAAUUCGUUACACAUCGUCAACUGAUAACAAAUGUUACACGAUACAGGUAUUUUCAUGAAUAGUUAUGUAUUUACAUCUUAGCAAGUGUAACACAACAUAAACCCAGACACCAUUGAUAUUGAAACAUCCUUUACUUGAUGAUUACUAUAUGGUGGGUGUUAGGAAUAUAAAGGUAUUUUCAAUUCUCCUUGGAUUCGUUUACCGGGACUUGGGUUGGACUUGGAUGAUACUUCAUGAUUGUUGUGGUUUUAGACACUUCCAGUCAUAUCAGAAUUGCCUCUAGGUUUUUGUCGUGGGAUACGUCAGGAUUUACCAGGCUAGCAAUUCUCGAAACGUUCAUAGCCCUACGAACUUCUUAAGCCCAUUCUCAACACAUUGGCUGCGAUCAAAGUUAAGGAUUGUUAGGGCUACGAACGUUUCGAGAAUAAGGGCCCUUGACUGUACUUUCACUGUACUAAGAUACUAAAUAUACAAUGAUUGACUUGGGUCUUCCGUGGUACACACCUGGAUCGACCGGGUUUCAUAGUCGUUAGAUAUUUCUACAUAUACCAAGAUCAAUUUGGGUUUUCGGUCGUUUGAUACUUCUAAAUAUACCAGGAUCGAUUGGGGUUUACAGUCGAUAGAUACUUCUGAAUAUACCAGGAUCGACUGGGGUUUAUAGUCGUAGAUACUUCUAAAUAUACCAGGAUCGACUGGGGUUUAUAGUCGUUAGAUACUUCUAAAUAUACCAGGAUCGACUUGGGUUUAUAGUCGUAGAUACUUCUAAAUAUACCAGGAUCGACUGAGGUUUAUAGUCGUUAGAUACUUCUAAAUAUACCAGGAUCGACUGGGGUUUACAGUCGAUAGAUACUUCUAAAUAUACCAGGAUCGACUGGGGUUUAUUGUCGUAGAUACUUCUAAAUAUACCAGGAUCGACUGGGGUUUAUAGUCGUUAGAUACUUCUAAAUAUACCAGGAUCGACUUGGGUUUGUAGUCGUGGAUACUUCAAAAUAUACCAGGAUCGACUGGGGUUUAUAGUCGUUAGAUACUUCUAAAUAUACCAGGAUCGACUGGGGUUUAUAGUCGCAGAUACUUCUAAAUAUACCAGGAUCGACUGGGGUUUAUAGUCGUUAGAUACUUCUAAAUAUACCAGGAUCGAUUGGGGUUUAUAGUCGUUAGAUAAUUCUAAAUAUACCAGGAUCGACUGGGGUUUAUAGUCGCAGAUACUUCUAAAUAUACCAGGAUCGACUGGGGUUUAUAGUCGUUAGAUACUUCUAAAUAUACCAGGAUCGAUUGGGGUUUAUAGUCGUUAGAUAAUUCUAAAUAUACCAGGAUCGACUGGGGUUUAUAGCCGUUAGAUACUUCUAAAUAUACCAGGAUCGACUGGGGUUUAUAGUCGUUAGAUACUUCAAAAUAUACCAGGAUCGACUGGGGUUGAUAGUCGUUAGAUACUUCUAAAUAUACCAGGAUCGACUGGGGUUGAUAGUCGUUAGAUACUUCUAAAUAUACCAGGAUCGACUGGGGUUUAUAGUCGUUAGAUACUUCUAAAUAUACCAAGAUCGACUGGGGUUUUCUUUCGUUAGAUAAGUCCACAUAAACCAAGAUCAAUUGGGGUUUUCUGUAGGAAGAUUAAUAUACCAGGAUCGAUUGUUUAUAGUCGUUAGAUAUUUCUAAAUAUACCAAGAUCAAUGGGGGUUUCUGUAGGAAGAUACUUCUAAAUAUACCAGGAUCGACUGGGGUUUAUAGUCGUUAGAUACUUCUAAAUAUACCAAGAUCAAUUGGGGGUUUCUGUAGGAAGAUACUUCUAAAUAUACCAGGAUCGACUGGGGUUUUCUGUCUUUAGAUACUUCUAAAUAUACCAAGACGGGCUUGGUUGUACCGUAGCAGGAUACCACUGACUUAUCCAGUCAUUACCAGAAGCUACAUACUGUUCCCUAUGCAGAUCAAACAUUUCUUUGAUAUUUUCAUGUCCUAAUAGCAUACAAUGCGUUUGCGAUGGUAUUUAGUGUUUGAUUUCCCCUAGAUAUUACCCGUUCGCGUUUGUACUGCCGAGGUGUUCGGCGAUAUAUUAUAUUCAUUGUUUGUUUAUUAAUACACUCAGAUCACAGGUAGAGAUAACAGAUCUACCGAUACUACACAUGCAAUGUUUGUACUGACAAUAUAUGUACAUCUACAAACUGGUUGCAGAACCUUCCAUACUGUAUAAUAUUUGUUUGUCGUCAACGAGCAAGUAUUCUUGGAGACAUCAUCACCGCCUGGAAUAUAAGUGCUAAUGUUAUUUGUGUGUAAUUACAUCCCAUGACUAAGUGUGUCACAAAAUUAGCGUUACCAAAGCAAUAUCACAUUAUGGUAGACAACUGCAUCAAUAUAUAUGCACUUUCACUGCGUAACGGCCCUUCACUUCAAUAUGUACCUGUACUUUAGUCUGUUGGAGAAGUAAUAGUACGUACGUCUCCAACGGAUGUUUAUGAUUUGUAAUUAAUACAUUUCUGUGACGAUAUUGACAUGUCAGUGUAACACCUGUUCCAUUAUAUUUCUACAAAUGGGAUAUAUUUACCAUAUUGUACGAUGCAGUCAAAAUGUCCGCUUGUUUACGAACGUCUAAAUAUAGACCUGGUCAACGCCGGUCUGUGUCAGCAGAUGUUAUGGUGUUUUGUUGUGUGAUCACGCACCUGUUUUAGUGAGAAUCUGCCGUGUAAGUCGGGGCAACACAUUUGCAUAUCAUAAAUGUAUUGGCAUUAUAUGCAGUAUGCGAGUCGAUGAAAUAAAUGCACUAUUUACAAA